AUGAAAUUCACACUCGCUUUUACCGUCUUGACUUUUAUCGCAUCUACCGGUGUCAGCGCCCUUCCCAGGCCUAUGACUUCCGAAGUCGAAGUCGCACCUGCUCCUACUACCGACAUGGCGGCUGUUCCAACCACUGAAGCCGCACCUGUUACUUCAGCUGCUCCCGAAUGUACCGAAGGUUGCGGCGAAGAGACCCCCACAGGAACUACCUCUGCGGCUGCUGAAGCUACCACAUCCCCUUCCACCCCUGAUACCUCUGGAGGUACGGGUGGUGACACUAGUGGCUCUGGCGAAACUCCUGCUCCAGAAACCCCUGCGCCCGCUCCUGAAGCCCCUGCCCCUGCCCCAGUUGAGACCCCUACUCCUGUAGCUCCCGCCCCAGAGACUCCUGCAACUACUGCACCUACUACCCCUGAAUGUUCUGGAGAAGACUGUGGAUCAGCUCCCUCCUCUACUCCCGAAUGUACUGGUGAGGAUUGUGGUUCCUCGUCUUCCCCUUCCACCGAGGCUCCUUGUGAUGAAUUUGGGAACCUCAUUGGUGGCGGUAGUACAGGUUCAUCUCCUAUGGGAGGUAGUUCCCCCAGUGGGUCAAGCGGUAGCUCUCCUGUCGGUGGUGGAGGAAAAGGCGGCGAAGAUUGUGAUGAGUUUGGAAACCCCAUCGGAGGUGGCAGCACAGGAUCCUCCCCCGUGGGCAGCGGUAGCUCUCCCAGUGGCAGUGGUGGCUCCUCUCCAAGUGGUAGUGGUGGAAAAGGUGGUGAAGAUUGUGAUGAACAAGGUAACCCUAUCAGCGGUGGAAGUACUGGAUCUUCCGGUACUCCCAGCGAAGGUUCCACUCCUGGAGCUCAAUAA